AUGGCAUCAUUUAUACUUGGACGUGUGUUUCAACGUGGUUUUAGUCGAACAAAUAUGCAACAUGCAAUUCAACGACAACUUAAUCAAAAAGGCGAUCAAAUAUCAUCAAAAAAUAAUAUUGCAACGGCCAUUGAUGAUUCACUUCAACAUGAUGAUUUUUUCAAUGUACGUUCAAUGGUUACCAUGGAAGAUCUUUUCAAAAAUCGGGCUCAUUAUGGACAUGUAACUGGAAUGCGCAAUCCAUGGAUGUCUCAAUAUAUAUACGGUCAUCGAUUAGAUGUUGAUAUUAUUGAUUUAGAUAAAACAUUACCGAUGUUGCAUUCAGCAUUAAACUUUCUUGCUCAUAUUGCUUAUCGUCAAGGUAUUAUUUUAUUUCUUACACGUUAUCCAGCACAUGUUCCACUUGUUGAACGUGCUGCACGUGAUUGUGGUGAAUAUGCACAUUGUCGUAAAUGGGAUUAUCCAUUUACAAAUACUAAAGAACUUUUUGGAUAUGAUAUUCGUUUACCUGAUGUAUGCGUAUUUACGCAUACAUUAGCACCACCAAAUCAACUUCAUCCAGGUGUUAGUGAUUCGAAUAAAUUAUUGAUUCCAACUGUAGCUUUGUGUGACACAGAUUCGAAUCCAAAUAUUAUCACUUAUCCUAUACCAAGCAAUGAUGAUACACCAAAACUAAUUGAAUUCUAUUUGACAAUAUUUCAACAAGCUAUUAUGGCUGGAAAAGAGAAAAGACGAGAAAAAGAUUCAUUGAAUCAAUAA